ACCAGGCAGGAAGCACUGUACUACCAGGAUUCGAAUCUCGAAGAAAUUCCCAUUGUUUCGCUGAUACGUGACUUACCAAUGAUCGAAGAUGGUGCUGUUGAGUAUCCGUCCGCAACUGUGCAGCCUCAUACAUCAUCCAGAAUUGAAACACAAAAACAGUUUGCUUUAUUUUGA